ACUAAAUCCAUUUGCUGCAUCGAGUUCCAACCACGCCUCUUCGCAUUACUAAAUCCAUUUGCUGGCGAGGAAAGGGAGAUAAGCAUGAGCACCGCCGAGAAACAGCCUGCGUCAACGGCUCCGGCCGAGGCUGUCUCCAUCGAGUCCACGUCGGCACCGGCCGACAAUGCCGGCACUCCGGCGGCUCCGGUCGCAACGGAGGCCCAAAAGGCGCCGGAAGCCACGGGAUUACCCGCGGACCGAGAGACAAAGGAAGACACUAUUGAAGCAGACCCAAUCGCCCAGCUGUGGACUCUCGCAAAGGCUGCCGGCCACCCAGAAAUCUGGGGAGUCACUCUUGCAGACCCCGAAAGCCACGUGCCCACGCGCAUCAUCUUACAGAAGUACCUCAACGCCAACGACGGCGACCUGGCCAAAGCCAGGGAACAGCUGACCAAGACGCUGGAAUGGCGCGCCAAGAUGAAGCCCCUGGAGCUCACCAAGAAGGUCUUCAGCAAGGCUAAAUUCGACGGCCUGGGCUACGUCACCAAGUACACCCAAGAAGCAUCCACCGAGCCAGCGGGCAAGGAGGUGUUUACCUGGAACAUCUACGGCGGCGUCAAGUCUGUUGACGAGACAUUUGGGAAGCUCGAGGAAUUUCUAGAGUGGAGAGUUGCGCUCAUGGAACUCGCGCUUCAAGAGCUGGACAUCUCGUCAGCCACCAAGCCCAUCACAGCUGACUACGACUCCUACAAGAUCUUUCAGGUCCACGACUACAAGUCCAUCAGUUUCCUGCGCCAAUCGCCCCAGGUCAAGGCCGCCAGCACGGAAACCAUCAAGGUCUUCGCGCAGAACUACCCUGAGCUGCUCAAGGAAAAGUUCUUUGUCAACGUCCCUGCCAUCAUGGGAUUCGUCUAUACGUUCAUGAAGCUUUUUGUGGCGCCCAAGACGAUAAAGAAGUUCCACCCAAUGUCGAAUGGCGGCAACCUCGCGCUAGAGUUUGGCGAGAGUAAAGUCCCGUGUCUUGGGGAGAAACUGCCUGCCAGAUAUGGAGGCAAGGGUGCUGCGCUAGAGGAGCAGGGUCAACAGACGCGGCUAAAGUGAAGGGUCGGCAGAAACCCGCCAAUAGACGGACCAUAUCAGCCAGUGUGUACAUUGACCACGGGGUCCAGGAUUUUUAUGUGACGGCACAGUCGGGUAACACGGGGCUUUCUGUAUCACUGGGCAUUGCAUUCUUAUGCCCGCUGUGUUCUGUUCAAGUUUGUUGACUGUAAACAUGCACGGGUCGGAGCUGCGCCCAACUAUAACUGGAGCCUCGGCUGUGCCCCAUGCUAAGUUCUGACUUUGAUGAGUCUCUGAGUCCCAAGCGUGUGUUUUUAUGUCCUGUUUCUAAUCAAGUGGCUUGCUGCUCGUUUGCCCCCGUAUCGAACGCUUGAGGGCGUUGUGCAGACCAAACCUGGGGUGAAGUGGAGGGAGAUCAGUCCCUG